AUGGGUCUUCGUCAACGUGAAGCUGCUGCUCUUUUGAUUAAAGAAACAGGAAUUUCACUUACAAUUGAUGAAUACGUUGAAGAGGUUAUUAUAAGACAGAAAGAGAAAUUUCCUUUUACCAAACCAUUGCCGGGCGUGAUGCGUCUCGUAAAACAUUUAAAGGAACAUAACAUACCAAUUAUCGUAGCAACAAGUUCUCAUCGAAAAGCAUACGAAGAUAAAUCCAUGAAUAAUCAAGAUUUAUUUAAAUUAUUCGAUGCGAUCGUUUGUGGUGAUGAUCCAGAAAUAAAACAUGGUAAACCUGCUCCUGAUCUUUUCUUAACAGCUCGUGAAAGAUUAGGUAAUCCUCCACUAGAACAAUGUUUAGUUUUUGAGGAUGCUUUAAAUGGUAUUCAAGCAGCCAAAAAUGCUGGUAUGCCUGUAAUUUGGGUACCUGACCCUUGUUUAGCUGCUUUAUAUCCUGGUGUAAAUGGUGCUACUGAGGUGUUACCUUCAUUAGAGCUAUUUAAUCCCGCAAAAUAUGGUUUACCUCCUUACAUUAAUAAUGACGAUAUAUAA